CAGCUAUAAGAAUACCCACAACAUUUCCCCUGCAACGCCCUCUCUCUACUCUCUCCCCUUUCUCUCGCUCCAAGAAUCUAGACAAGAACAGACAAAACAAUAUGGAAGAGUUGGGUUCUAUUUGGUUUUACCAAGAGAGUAUGGAUGAAUUAAGACAAAAGCUUCAAUACACUUCCUUUGAGCUUGAAGCUGUGAAAACAAAAGCCAAUGAAGAAUCAAAGCUUCAUCAAGAAGAAGUGAACAGUCUUCUUCGUCUCCUCAAACUCGCUCGUCAAGAAAGAGACGAAGCUAAAGAUCAAUUACAGAAACUCCUCGCGAUUAAAACUAACUCGAGCAUCACUGAGUCAAACUCGCACGGCUCUUCACCGGUUGACUCGUUCCUCGAACCGGUUUCGUCUUCCGAAUUCUCCAACUUCAACAUUUUACUGGAACCGGUUCACCAAAUGAAACUCAGUAACCGACCCGUUAACCGGGUCUAUAAUUCUCAGCAGAGACCGGUUAAGGUUGAUCCAGCUGAAGCUUUGAUGAAUGAGAUCAUAAAAGGCAAAACUUUACCGGAGAAAGGGAAGUUUCUUCAGACUCUGAUGGAGUCAGGACCGUUGCUUCAGACACUUCUUGUCGCCGGUCCUCUUCCAAGGUGGCGUAAUCCUCCGCCGCUUCAACAGAGUUUCAGGGUCCCGCCGGUUUCGAACUCGUAUGAUAUCUUGAAAGGUUGUUCAACGAAGACAACGACGUCAAUGCUCAACUUCAGAAGUUGUUCUGUUCCUGGAAUUGCUACUGGAUUGGAAUUUGCUAAGAGACAAAGAUUUCAUUAGUAUUUUUCUUCUUGCUCUGCUUUGUUUUGGUUAUUGAGUUAGCCGCCUGGGAUUAUAUUAUUUGUAAAGAUUUUAUAAAUGGGGUUAUGAGAGUUUGUGUGUAAAUUGAAGUAUAAACGAUUUGAGAUUCAUGGAUUUAUGUAU